AUGUAUGGGAUAUGGUAUAAGAAGAGUGUGUGUGAUGAGGUAUGGGAUGAGGUGUGGGAUGAGGUAUGGGAUGAGGUGUGGGAUGAGGUAUGGGAUGAGGUGAGGGAUGAGGUAUGGGAUGAGGUAUGGGAUGAGGUAUGGGAUGAGGUAUGGGAUGAGGAAUGGGAUGAGGUGUUGGAUGAGGUGCUGGAUGAGGUAUGGAAUGGGGUGCAGUGA